AUGGACAAGGAACACUUUCGUUUCUAUAUUAAAGUGCAUACUGCACUUGAUAUUGAACCAAUAGAUAUUCAUAAUGAAUUAAAAUCUGUCUUUGGUGAUCAAGUUCCACUUCUCAGAGCUGUUCAAAGAUGGUCAAAAUCAUUUCGUGAAGGUCGGGAAGAAAUCGAAGACGAAGAUGAAGUACGACCCGAAAGACCUGUAACUGAGACAACAUCUGCUAAUAUUGAAGAAUUUCGAAACCUUACUAAUGAUGAUCCUUAUAAAAUUGAUCGAAAAUCAUCAAAUGCUGCUUGGAUAGCAAGUGGAGAUCCUUCACCAACAUUGUCAACUGGUCCAGUGUUAAUUCAUUCUGUUGAACCUAGACAAACUAUCGAUCACCAAUACUGCAUCAAGAAUUGUUUGCAGCCAGUUGUUGACGAAAUCAAGAACCAACGACUCACCUUUGGUGCUCGUGCAAUUAAACUUCACCAUGAUAAUGGGAAACCACAUUUUCAUAAAGAUGUUUUGAAUUAUCUUGAAGCGAAAGGCAUAACGGUAAUACCACACCCAACUCAUUCGACAGAUCUGACUCCGUGUGACUUUUGGUUAUUUGACUUGAUCAAACAAAAUCUUAGUGAUCAAGAUGAUUCCGAAUCGUAG